UGGAUGACUUCAUGUAGGAAGUAGAAAUGAGGGCGUUGAAACUGACUGAGAUGACGUCUCAUGCAAUUAAGAGUUUAUUCAAGUCAUUCGAUACCAUUCUAACAGAUUGUGAUGGGAGAAAGCUUUGUUGAAAGUAAAUGUCUAGCUUUACAAAGACUUAAAAAGUAAAUACUAUAGACAACAAGUUCAAAAUUUCAAGAACACAUCAAAGAUAAUUUUGGUUGUUAUUGCCAAAAACACAGGAAGAAUAGUGGACUGUAGAAAGGAGAUUUAUUGUAUUUACUUAGAUGUGCAGAGUGUAUUCCAUAGCAGAUGACAGUUUUGCCAGUUGAACUGUUAAACAGAGCCCACCAAGAUUAUUGGGUUACUUAAAGCUGUAAUGUGAUGGUAUUUCAACCAAAGUACAGAAACAAGCCAAUGAUAACGUCCACAACCCCUUUAGUGCCUUUCUUCAGUAAAAGAUUGAAGGAAGAAAUAAUAUCAACAUCAUAUUUGGCUGCUUCUUAUUUGACUGACAUCGGGUUUAAGAAGAAGGUUUAUGUAUUUGGCUCAUCUGGUGUUACUGAAGAGUUGAAGUAUGCUGGCCACAAAUCAAAUGAGCCUGGUCCUGAUCCAAUGGUUGAUGAUCUGAAAACACUGUUACGUUCAAAAAUAAAACUUGAUCCUGAUGUUGGAGCUGUAAUUGUUGCAUAUGAUGAUCAUAUCAGCCUUCCAAAGAUUAUUAAGGCGGCAACUUAUGUAAAAGAUCCCAAAUGCUUGUAUCUGGGCACUAGUGCAGAAGGACGGAAGAUAAUAAAGGGAGACUUUUCUGUCCCAGGUGCUGGCUGUAUGGCUGCAGCAGUCACUAGCUGCUCAGGACGUCAACCUGUUAUAUUAGGAAAACCAAGUGAAUACUUAAUGGAUGUCCUCAUCAGGAAGUUAAAAGUAGAACCUGGCCGAACUUUGAUGAUAGGUGACAGUGCGAGGACAGAUAUAAUGCUGGGGAAUCGAUGUGGUUUCCAGACUUUAUUGGUUCUAUCUGGACUAACCACUGCACACAAUUUACAAGAAUGGCAGAAUUCGCAGGAUGAGAGAUAUAAGGGUUAUAUUCCUAACUAUUACGUGCAGUCACUGGGUGAUCUAACGCCCUUUCUAGCAAGCUGAGACCUUGUCAGCACUGUGUAAGACUUGUGCAGUUGCUAGUUGUGGUAUCUGCUCAUGAUGGUAAAAUUUCAUUUCUGUUAUUGUGUGACAAUAAGUUUGUGUACUUUAUUUUGGGAAAAAAUGAAAACAUUCAUGAAAUUUCAAUCAAUCUGAAUUCUAAGAGAAAAGUAAACUUCAACAAUUCA